AUCUCUCCAUUUUCUCAUUCUCUGCAACUCAAAGCACAAUGGAUAAAGAGCAAGAAGAGAUGCAAUUCGUUGGGUGCUUCGGCAUCUUCGCUGAAUCAUACAAAGCCAUCUUUGCAUGGAGAAAAAUCUUCAGCAAAAUCACUUUGUCUUUAAUCCUGCCCUUAUCGUUCAUAUACCUUGUUCACAUGGAAGUCUCGAAUCUCUUCUUCAGGGCAAUCAUCUACGACGAAAUAGAACUCCACCGUACUCGAUCGGGAACUCCCAGAUACGAGAAACUUUCCGACCUUAUCUCCGACGAGUGGGUUUACUUUUGGCUUUUCAAAGCCGCUUAUUUUACGCUGUAUUUCAUCUUUUCGCUUAUUUCAACCGCUGCCGUCGUCUACACCGUCGCCUGCAUAUAUACAGAUCGGGAACUCACGUUCGAAAACGUCAUCAACAUCGUUCCCAAGGUCUGGAAGCGGCUGAUGGUUACUUUCUUAUGCAUUUUCAUCGCCAUGUUUUUGUACCACGUCUUGGCCGUCUUGUUCAUUUUAGCCAUUUCGAUCAGCGGAGGAAGAGAUUUGGGUUUUGUUUUGUUCAUUAUUUUCGCCGCCGUGUACGUGGUGGGGAUUUUGUAUUUGACCGUAAUCUGGCACUUGGCUAGCGUUGUUUCCGUUUUAGAAGAGGCCUACGGUUUCAACGCCAUGGUGAAGGGCAAAAACCUGAUAAAGGGAAACAUAAUGGUGGCGGUCGUCAUUUUUCUUAUACUCGGAAUCGCCGCCGGCGUCGUCCAGUUUGCAUUUCAGAGGUUGGUGCUGCAAGGGAGCAACUCCGACAUGUGUGGUAGGGUUGUGUAUGCGAUAAUUUGUUUGUUUUUGCAUUCUAUGUUGAGUCUGUUUGGAUUAGUUAUACAGACAGUGAUUUACUUUGUCUGCAAAUCUUACCACCAUGAGAACAUCGAUAAAUCUGCCUUGUCGGAUCACCUGGAAGCUUACCUGGGGGAGUAUGUUCCGUUGAUGGCCAAGGACGUUCAAUUAGAGCAAUUUGAUGUUUGAU